GCUGGCCUCUGCAUAUCUACGUGGAGCUGCCUAGGUUGGUCCCCUCCGAGCCUGACUUUGGCGGCAUCAGCUGUCCGUAAUCUUUGGCGGUUACCCCAGCCAGCCCAUGAUUGGUUCGGAACGGGACCACCACCACCACACCACAGAGCUGAGUUUGGUGGUUCGGUUUUACUGUAGCUGAUGCUGCCUUCCAACACACCAUAGGCUCGGUACACGUGGUGGUGGGGACAAUGAACAGCUUGUUCCUGAUUGUCCACGCUCCACGCAUUUGAUUGGUUCAAAUUAUGAACCCUAGUGUGGACUCAACACUUCUCCACACCCCGAACCGAACCAGAACAAUUCAGACGAGUUCACUCGUCAGAGGUUGUCCCUUUCCGAAGUUCCCGCCCGGCACGCCAACACCGGCGACCUCCCAGAAACAGAGCCACCAACUUCAAUCUCUGGCGAGAAUCUAACUACUUGUUAGAAACCUUCAAGGCAUCAUUGUUGGCCCAGCCAGACCUUCGCCUUCUGUUUUUAUUGCCGCACCGCUCCUCUGAGACCUCGUGCCUUCGAGUAGUUCAAUCUAGACUGUACCAGUCAUCUUCGUCAUUAUAACUGUAUUGUGCCCUUCUGCGUGCCUUCUGAUCUGCCCGCUUACGUCUACCUUCCAUUCUAACUCGAGCAUCGCUGCCGCCGUUCGUGAAUUCAUACUCCAGUAACUGCUAAGACUGACCAAGAGCGUCGCGCUCCGCACUGCCACCCCGUUUCUGCCUCGCCAUUGGACUGUAGCUACUUAUUAGCGUACGAAUAACCGUGGCUCAGAACCAUCCCGAUUUUUGAGGCGCCUCAAAAAGCGUACGAAUAACCGUGGCUCAGAACCAUCCCGAUUUUUGAGGCGCCUCAAAAAGCGUACGAAUAACCGUGGCUCAGAACCAUCCCGAUUUUUGAGGCGCCUCAAAAAGCGUACGAAUAACCGUGGCUCAGAACCAUCCCGAUUUUUGAGGCGCCUCAAAAAGCGUACGAAUAACCGUGGCUCAGAACCAUCCCGAGCACCGAGUCCACUUAUUUCCAUCGCGCCCAGUUGUAGCCUUCUUCAAUUAUUGAUCGCAAUCCUCUUCCUGUCUCUGGAAUUUAUACCUCUUAUGGGCAUAGUGUUAUGAAACAUCUUGGGUGAGCUUCGAUUUCGCCAGUUAUUUACGGCCCGGUAGCAGCCAGUAAUCCGCUUUACUCUCUCGGCCACAAUCAGACGCACUCUUGUGCUCUCCACCGCUCUCCAUCUCUCACCUCCAUCCCUCCACCUCUCUCCAUUCUCUUCACUUCUACCGCGAUGUCUCUGUCCAAUCGUCGCGUCGACCGCCUCUACGGCGUGGGUGACGGCCGCACCGUUGUUCUCGCCGUCGACACGUGCAAGGGCUGCAUAUCCGCGUUCGAAGACCUCCUCAGUACAGGCUACAAGUCCACCUCGUUUCUCGGGACGCACGAGAAUCCCGCCGCACGGGGGGAGUUCCGCCUAUCCCCCGCGGACCGCUUAAUUGUCGUCUUCCACCGCGGACAUCACCUUCCGCCGCCGCUGCUGCUCCGCCGGUCGCGGAGCGACGCUGCCGCGCAGCACCAGCAGCUCCUGGCUUCGCUCCCGCCGCUCACUUCCCCGCACAUUCCCGCGACCGCGCAACCUUCCCCGCACCAAGCUUCCCCGCAGAGAGGGGCCGCGGCGAUGUUCUCGUUCCUCGCGAGUCCACGCACGCGGUCAAGCCAGCAGCAGCAACAGACUCAACAACAGACACAGCGCCAGUGGCCGCGCUCUCUGUCGGGUAGCCAGCAGCAGCAGCAGCAACAGACACAGCGACACGCUCAGUGGCCGCGCUCGCUGUCGGGAAGCCAGCAGCAGCAACAUCAUCCUCAUCAUCAUCAUCAUCAGCAGCAGCAGCAGGAGCAGCAGCAGCAGCAGCAGCAGGUACAACAUCUGCAUGCGCCGAAUCACUGGCCCAGGUCGCGUUCAGAGGCGGGGCCAGGAGCAGCAGCAACUGCAGCGGCGGACGGCAGUUUAUCCCCCCCUGAUUUCGAGCUCCGUACGGCGGUAAGCAGCAGCCACCAGCAAUCCUCGUCAGCAGAGAGCAAGGUUGACGUGGAAACCGUGGUUGUGGUCCCCGCACUUCCUGCGAAAGAAGUGACCGCCAAGCUGGCUCGAUUCCACGGGCGGACGAAAGCAGCAGCGCUGAAAAUGGCCGCCAUGGCUCGGUCCUAUAGGGUGCGGUUUGAGGCUAUUGACCUAGAUGACCUUCAAGUAUCAGCUGCUCUUGAUGCCAGCAUCGCAUCACCACAUUCCCAGCAGCCCCCACAACAAGCAGCUGGCCCAGGUGCCCGGCUACACCAACCACAACAGCAUAGCUGGGAAGAUGCGGCUCAGGCGAUUCUUUCUUUCUGCACAAGGAUGGGUGCGGAUCACUUGCUGCUGCCUGCCUCACAUGUGUGCGGGUUGAACCUUGGGGCUUGGGUCUCCUGCCGUGGCUUGACAACACACUGUGUGAGAAAUUCUCUGUGUCCAGUCACGAGGUUGGGGAGCACCAACCGAACUACAGAGGGGUUGCGGGUUCAAGUGGCAACCAACUGAUAUCCACAUGCUAGGCGUGGAUGGAAGGCACAUUUUCCUGGUACCAUAGAUUUCUUGCACAUGGCAGGAGUUAAGUUGGGCUGCAUUCGUCUUGUACACCUCGCGCACAGAAUUGUCUAGGGUGGAUGUUCCUCCAUGUAUCUUCUGCAGAAUGUUGAUUGGGUGCUGUUCGUUUUGUCUACAGUUAUGUCGCCUUGGAUCAUUA